GUGGAGUCGGGACAUCAUAGGCUUCCUUACACCUAACACAUUCGAGACCGCAACAACAUCUAGACCAACCUUCUCUCUCCUCUUCCACUAGAAUACCUCAAUAAAUACCACUACCUACCACCCAUCUCCCACCUCAAACCCAAAGACAACAAACAAAGAAAUACAAAACCAAACCAGCAAAAUGUCCAAAGCAUUCACCCCCGCAGACGUCUCCUCGCACAACAGCCCCGACAAGGGCCUCUACAUCAUCAUUGACUCCAACGUCUACGACGUGACCAACUUCGUGGAUGAGCAUCCUGGCGGCGCUAAGAUCCUGAAGCGCGUUGCUGGCAAGGAUGCUUCGAAGCAGUUUUGGAAGUACCACAACGAGUCCGUCCUGAAGAAGUACUCGCCCAAGCUUAAGAUCGGCGAGGUCAAGGAUGCUGCGAAGCUGUGAGGGAUAUCGAUAAUAAUCUGUUAUUAUUAUGAGUCGAUUGGGAGAUACCUAUUUUCGAAAGGAAAGGAAAGAAAGAUCUAAGAUAAACCACGUGAACAAGGGGGAGAUACACGACGAUGUGAAGGACGUGACUUAGAGAAUGUGCAUAGUGUGGCUUCCGAACCGAUGUCUGUCUGUUGUGUUUUUGACUAGAAGCAUAGUGUUGUUAUUUUUGGAUCGCUAGAUAAAUCUGUAUGCUACUUAAGUUAUUCCCUAUACUAUCUGAG